AUGCAACUCGCAGAGCUUAUCGACCCCAUGCGCGACCGUCUACAGCGCGCCCUCGACGAGCUCGCCUCCUCGCGCUCCACUCUUAAAUCCAAGAUGAAAGCCCUCCAGAGCCUCGAACGAGAGCUCGCCCAGGCGUGCUUCGACACCGCCAACGACGCGCAGGCCAAGGAUGCGUUCAUGGCCCUGCAGUAUACCUUUGAAUGCAAUAUACCCUCGCAUCUUUUGCCGUGGAUAGUCACCGCGACUGCGCGUUUGGAGGCCUUGUUGAGCAAGUCGUCGGCGGAUGACAACCGUGCCUCAGAAGCAGAGGAACUCGUCGCCCAACUUUCCCUAUCGCUCUCGCUGAUACAGGGCGUCGUGUUGAACCACGAGGCAAGCAAGCACUAUCUUGGCAGACGCUCAGCUCUCGAGAUUCUGCUAGACCUCCUCCUCGCCUCGCGUCAUGUCAAUUCAUCUUCAUCGUCGUCAUCGUCAUCAGACUCUCCGGCUCCAACCCAAGCGAUGCCAAGCACAACUCCCCCACUGACGUCAAUCGUCCUCGACACGCUCCUAUGCAUCCUCGUCGACUCCUCGAAAGCCCUGCGCGCAUUCGAAGAAGCCAACGGUGUCCAAUCAAUCGUCAAAAUUCUCAAACGCGCAGGCACACCGCGCGAAGUCCGCAUGAAAUGCCUUGAAUUCCUAUACUUCUACCUCCUCGAUGAGACACCGUCGCUUGAGUCGCUCACAUCGACCCAGCCCACGCCACCGCCCACAGCCCCCGCCACGCCAGCACGCUCCUUGGCCAGCCCGCCAGGGUCCGCGUCGUCCGGAGUAGGGUCAGCAAAACCCAAGCCCAAGCCCUAUCUCAACGCGACGCCCAUGCGGCCCUCCGCAUCCAACUCUUCUCGCUUCGGCUCGUCGAUCUUCCCCUCAACUUCGACGUCGUCUGCGGCUACGUCAUCGCCGACGCCUUCGGGGACUCAUGUGGAUGUGGAUGCAGCCAAGACGGGGGGGACGGCUGCGCUCUCGACGUCCGCGUCGUCCAAUUCGUCUGCGGCGUCCCGCUCGACGUCGGGCAGCUCGAGCUCGAACCAUUCGUUCUCAUCUAGCAUGUCGGCGUCGACGAACGCGUCGUCGAUGCUUGGCACGUCGCCUAGCAAGGCACACGCGCAUAGAUCCAAAGCCGCGUCGCCCGUGAAAGUGUCUUCGUCGUCCUCGUCCUCGCCCACGUCGGGGUCGGCGCUGCUGCCGAAGUUGGUGUCUGCGAAGAGGAUGUUGACGCCUAUUACGAACAGGCAGAGUGCGAUGGGGAGCACGUCCCCACCGACGUCGCCUCCUUUGUCCGAUUCACCUGGAUCUGCGUCGGCGUCGGCGUCUGCAUCUCCGUCUGCUGGGGGCAGGUUCCCGCAGCUACGGAGCAUGAUGAUGUUGAGGAAGGAGGUGGACUAUGUGCCGCUUAGCCCGACGAAGCCUAAUGCACCGUCGUCCUCGUCGCCGGUGCCACAGCCUGCGCUUGUGUCAACGCCCACGGCGAAGACGACUGUGGGUGGGCACAAGAAGAGUUUGUCGGCGAGUGCGAGUUUGCAGAUGCGUUCAAGGAGAAGUGGGGAUGAGAGUGGGAUGGGGAUGGGGACGCCGCCGCCUUUGCCGCCGUUGCCUAAUGCGCGCGCGUAUACACAUGGGCAUCAUAGGCACCAGUCGAGCGCUGCGGGGCUCGGGAAGCAUUAUUCAGAGGAUGUGAUCGCACGUAGGCAAAAUGAGCUUGAAAAGGAGAGGGAGAAGGAGCUGGAACUUUCACUUGGUCUUACCACCACCGCCGUUGAGAAGGAGAAAAAGCGGCGCGAGCAGGAGGGCGGGUGUUGGAAGACGACGGAGGAGAAGAAGGAGCUUUUGGGUACGAUGUUGGGGAAUGUGGAUGCGCUUGUGGAGGGCGUGCGGAAGGCGGGGAUUUGGGGGCUUGGUUGA